GUUGGUCAGGGGGUGCGCGUUAUGAUGAUGCUGUAGGUACUGCUGUUGAGUCCGAGAUAUCGAUGUCAUCUGGCACUGUUCUUCUUGCUUUCAAGUGAGCUCCGUUCUUCUUGAUCGUCGUUACCAGCACCUUACUGUUUGAAGCUUCCGUUACUCCAUCUUCAUCAUUAUGCGCUUCUCCUUCCUAUACUUCGGGCUGGCUGUUCCUGCCAUGGGCAUACUCGUUCCGCCGACCCACGAGAAUCUUUCUCCCGACAUCACAGAGAACCAAGGGGGCAACACGUUCGAUGGCAAGACAACCUGCCCAAGGGGAACAAACACCUAUUGCUGCGAUAGUCUUGAUUACUCCGGCUUCCAAGUCGAAUGUAUUGGUAGGAACGAGCUCAUCCUUCAGUCUCGAACAGAGACCUCUGAACUGACGAUAAUCGAUUUUCCAGGGCCGGGGAAGGUCGAUUAUCUUGAGGAAUGUUUAGACUAUGAACCUCGGCCGAUGUGUUGUUGCGCGUAUGAGCUGAUACCCGACAUGCCGCAGGUAAGAGACAAUCACUCAUCAAACCGUACGGUCAUCGCAGGCAUCUUGGUGUGGCCAUCUUCGAAACAGAUAGCCGUGGAUGUUGAUGUAGACGAUAAUAACCCGGAUUCAUUAAAUCAGAUCCCAAGGGAGAUCAGCUGCGAUGCGGACUGCCAUGCGCUGAAGGAGCCGAAGGCCAACGACAAGGUCACUCUAGACUUGUGAUAUCGCGAGCGACGCCAUGUUCGUUGUCACCAAGCAUGUAUAAAUACACUGGAUUCAAGCUCAUUUCCCGUUCCUGAGUCUGGUUCUGGUUCGCUUGAUGUCGUCGUCAUGCCGAUGUGGAUGUGUACAUAUGUCUCCGAAAGGGCGUGUUUUGGGAGCCUCCACUUUCCGUUUGCCGGUUCUUGGCCGGCAGGUGCGGGACCUCCGAAACGGGAUAAGUGGAUCCGGCUCGGUUGAAGGGUUCUGGAACUCUUUCCGGCGCCAACUUUGUUGUAUA